CCCUUUCGUCGCCGAAAGAAGAUGGCUCAACAAGUUCCGACUGUUUUGAAAGCCACUGCAAGACCCAUUCUGUCCACGUCUCUGCACGAGGCUCGCAGAAGAGCUCUCAACCUCUACAGAGCUUGGUACCGCGAGGUGCCCCGUGCAGUACAGAUGUAUAAACUGGACAUGACAGUGGGUACAGGUAGGAAGAAGGUAAGGGAAGAGUUCCAGAAGAAUUCUCACGUCCGUGACCCACGAGUUAUCGAUAUGCUGGUGAUCAAGGUAUCCCUAUUAUGGUGUGCACCCCACCAAUACAUCUCCCUCUCUGCAUACUGACUGUAGGGAAAGAUGGAACUGGAAGAAACUUCGAACAUGUUCAAACAAAAGUCACAUGUCAUGAGAUUCUUUAGAGAAACUGAAAGACAACGCCCAUCCGACUUCUUAUCUCGAUUCUAUGAGGGACACCAGUAACCACACCCCCAUAGGGCUCUCACUAGCCUGCAGACUUACUCUAUGUCAGUGUAUUAUUGUGUUAGCUGCUCUCUCUAUAUUAGGAUUAUAAGUUCAGUUAUAACUUUAAUCUAGCAGACUAAUUCAUACAACGAUCACCAUUAUACACCAAUAGAGUAUUCACAAAUAGUUAUUCUUCGCCAAAACUGUCACUCUAAAUGCGUGUAUUGUGUGUACAUCAUUACGACAUGCACUCAUUAU